AUGAGUACGCCCCUACCUUUGGAGACACACGGGCUUGAUUCCCACCCAAAAAAAAAGCUUAAAACGACCGGUGAUCAAGCUUUUGGAGCACAUUAUGACAACAAUGUGAUAUUGCAAGAUGGAAAUCACAUUUCAGAUCAUAUCGGCCUUAUUUCACACACUGAAAUGACUGUUCUUCUCAGUGAACAUGAAAGACAACAAUUACCGCACUGUGAAGACGUUUUCCCCUGGUUGCACGGUUUCUCAGGAUCAACAGAACCUCCUCGUGUUAAACAAUGGACCGCAGUAAUUCGCUCACAACCACUUUUUCAUGGUAUGAUAGAAAACUCUGGGAUCUUGAAGUCGUCCCUCGAUCCACACGAGUUUUUGAUACCCUGGGAUCAUCAAAAACACAGUCUGGAGUCCAUAAUUCAAGAGCUUACGAGUAAUAUAAAACUAUCAGACGACGAGCUGAAACUACUGAUACAUGCAUGCCAGAAGUAUAGGCUUCUACCGUUUCUGAUUUCGGACGCAAAAGCCCAAAACUCGUACGGUGCGGGCUCCCCGAAAAACAAGGUGUGCAGCUCAACUGUCGGAUCCACAUCUCGUCAAUCAAGCGGAUGGAAACAACCCGGGAUGUUUCGCAGAUUUGACUUACAGGUGGCCAAAUUCAUUGAGAUGUCUCAAACUUGCGUGGUGUAUUGUUUGAACGCAUCACGACACCGGCAAUCAUGCUAUUGCGCAGAGCUUGCCAUUCUUAUAUACGUGGCACGUAAAGCUCUUGACGCAACUGGCGAUUUCAAAGUCGGCGUACUGGGCACUGAAGAAAUUGAUUCCAGCUGGUGGGGAACUCGACCGAUGAGGAUAGACGCAUUGCAAAAAGAAAAAGUAACACAACUGGCAUCAGAUUUCGAUAUUGCUUCCUUCAACAAUUGGGACCGAGAUCUCUUCUACCGCGAGCGACUUGAAAUCUCCAAAAUGUCCAGUGCCUCGUGUGUGAGCAGCGAUCUUUCCACCUGGUGUGGCAAUAGUACUGACUUUGAGAUCUUCAGGCUAAAUAAUCACGCAACGGGCCACCAACCUUCGCAGACUACUAACCAAGCUGGUACUGGGGAACAUAGUCUAAACACCGUUGUAACACUUUUGGACAUAGCAGCAGAAAGCUCGACCCUCCAUCCUAUAGAUUCUCAGCUUUUCAAUUUUCCGCGUCCCUCCAAGGAAUGGAAGCUUUUCAUUUCAUGCACGGAAUCAAAUAACCUUCCCGAGCUACCCAAAAUUACAAAACUUCUUCAUCACGUUCAAACCGAACGCUCAAUACACCACACUACCAUAUCAUUUCCAAAUUCAGGUUCAAUAGGAUUGGGAAAUUUAAAUUUGGAAUCCAUCAAGAUCAUUCUCAACACAUGCUAUCUUAUCUACUGUGUUGGAAAACUUACAACUUUUGGCAGCUUAAUUUUCUGCUCGGAUGGUUACACUGAGGUUUCGUUCUUGUUGGUAGCCUAUUUGAUAUUCAUUUGGGACUUGCCGCUCGACGAAGUUCUCUUCAAGUUGCACAAGGAGGUCCAAAGACCCUUUUUUCUUUUCCCCAUAGAUCUACAGGUACUGAGUCACUUACAAAUACUUUUGAGAGAAGAAAGUCCGAAAAGGAAAAGCACCAUUGCGCCUUGUCUGGAGGUUGACCCCGUUCUUUUUAGUAAAAUGUUUUUCACUAAAGUUCGGGAUAACUACAACCUAGCCCAGCUCAAAGGCCCUCUGCCUUCUAAAGUUCUUCCUCAUCUAUACCUUGGGUCGUUAGAACACGCCCAGAGCCCAAAUCUGCUGCAUGAACUGGGUAUUGCAAAUAUUGUAUCUGUUGGAGAAACUAUGCCUUGGCUACUUUCCGCAAUGUCACGGAAAAGAAGUUUCACUGUUGGCGAUGUUGGCAGUAGGCCUGGGAUACAUCGGCCGCAUCUCAAUGUGAGCAUGUCGUCAUCUCAGAUUUCUCGACUUGAGACGAGACUGAACAAUGGUAUUGGUCGUAACUCUAGUAUUUUGGAGGUAAAUGGGUUCAAAAUCUUGCAUAUUUCUGAAUUGGAUGAUAACGGCGAAGACGGACUUUUAACUCAAUUAGACGAAGCGCUGUCGUUUAUUGACGGAUGUUACAAGCGGAACGAGAAAGUACUAGUGCAUUGUAUGGUGGGAGUAUCUCGUUCUGCAACCGUAUGCAUCGCGGAAUGCAUGCGAAGGCUCAAUUGCGAUUUUUUAAGAGCCUACCUUUACGUGCGUGUGCGACGGCUAAACAUAAUAAUUCAGCCGAACUUGAUGUUUGUUUACGAACUCUGCAAAUGGCAGGAAGCGCAAGGAAUGCGCCGGAAGGUUGAUUGGCAUAUUGUGUGCCGGGCGAUCUCGGAGUUGAAUCGGAUGUACUUUUAA